GGCACCUACAGGCCUCCCUGCUGCGGCUGGACGGGGUCACCCAGCGGUCGGUGGAGGUGCGGGUGUACCGGGGGUCUGACUGUGUCUCCCCCCAGCGGGCGGUGGAGGCGGGGGUGCGGGUGCUGGUGGACGCCGAGUACACCUACGUGAACCCCGCGCUGACGCUUGUCACCCUGGCGCUGAUGGGACGUUGGAAUCGCGCCCAGCCCUGGGUGUGGAACACCUACCAGUGCUACCUGCAGGACUGCCUGGUGCGGCUUGGCGCGGACGCGGUGCUGGCCGAGCGCCGGGGCUUCUGUUUCGGGGUGAAGCUGGUGCGUGGAGCCUACUUGGAGCAGGAGCGGCGGCUGGCGCGGGAGGGGGGAUACCCUGACCCUCUGCACCCCACCUGGGAGGCCACCAACCACAGCUACCAGCACUGUCUGGACCUGCUGCUGGAGUUGGUGGCACGGGAUGGGCAGCAGUGCCAGCUGAUCGUGGCCAGCCACAACGAGACCUCUGUGAGCCACGCCAUCCGCAGGUCGGUUACACUC